AUGAGGGGCGUGACCUCGCCUCAGCGCUCUGUCCCUUCAAAGUGCGGGAAGAUGGCGGCGGCGGCGGCGGGCCCCGGGAGCCGGGCGGCGGGCUGUGCGCGGCGGGGCGGGCGGCGGAGGCGGCGAGGGCGGGCCGGGGCGGAGGAGCAGGAGGAGGAGGCGGAGGCGGAGUGCUCGGCGUGCCGCCAGGCUCUGGGGGAGGCGGUGACGCCGCCCUGCCGCCACUCGCUGUGCCUCGCCUGCUUCCAACGCUGCCUGCAGGGCCCGGCCCUACGCUGCCCGCUUUGCCGCAGCCGUUUUGCCAACCGGGCCCGCACCGACGCGACGGCCGCCGGAGGAGGAGGAGGAGGAGGCGCGGAGCAGCGGCCGCCGGACCCAGAUUUUAUAUUCAGAGCACCCAUCAAAUUAAGCAAACCGGGGGAACUUCGAGAAGAAUAUGAAAGCCAGCUAAGGAAGCUGAGAGAAGAAAAGGUACAAGAAGAAAAAGCUUCUGAGGACCUGAUUCACAAGCUCAUGCUAGACGAUGUGGAAGUAGGAAAACGAAAAAUGGAAGAACAGCAGAAAAAAGAUGAAUCUCUCGUGCUCAAAGUGAACCAAGAGUGUUUUCCUGAACGUCUCUCGGAUUCAGAAAAUGAAGAACCAUUCCAAGGCAAACAAACACAUCGGUCAGCAUUCGUUUCCAAGACCAGUGCCUACUCCUUCGCUUUCCUUUCAGGGAACCUAACCUCCAAGGUGGAAAGGAGUCGGAGCUGCAAUGACACUAUCCAGGAGAGAUCAAAGAGCAGGCAGAGAUCAGCCCCAGUCAACAAAACAAAGGUCCCACUCAUCACCAGUGCAUCAACACCUCUGCUGGGAGUCCUUUCCUCCACCCAGAACAACCGCUGCCUCUCUGCCCCGGACCUGACGGCGGAGAAGCGCCCACUCCUCAACCCCGCGUCAUCUCUCUCAGCCCUGCACAGACCAGAGCGAUCCAUCAGCCCCGAGAGCAAUGACAGCAUCUCAGAAGAGCUCAACCACUUCAAGCCUAUUGUCUGCUCGCCGUGCACACCUCCCAAGAGGCUUCCUGAUGGCCGUGUCCUCAGCCCUCUCAUCAUAAAAUCCACUCCAAGGAACCUCAGCCGGAGCCUGCAGAAACCGACCACCUACGAGGCCAGCCCCAGAAUACUGAAGAAAUGGGAGCAGAUCUUUCAGGAGCGCCAGAUUAAAAAGACUCUCUCUAAAGCGACCCUUACGUCGCUGGCUUUAGAGCCCGGGGAGGAUGUUACACUUCCUGACAUCACCCAUAAGGAACAUUCCCAGAUUCAGGAUGAUCAGCUGCUGCCAGAUGCGACAGGAGACCCUCACCCUGAGCUGGAUUUCCUUCCUUCUAUCAGUGAGAUGAAGAGAGGGAGUGAGAGGAGCAGGGAUUCCCAGGCCUUAACAACAGACAACAGUGCUGAAACAGAGAUGCGAUUGAACCCGGCCCCAUUGCAUGCACGCAUGUCCGAAGCCCCUGACGUCAAAGCCAACGUGUUCACGGACAAAUCCUGUCUUAAUCUCGGCCCCAAGGUGCUGGGCAGAAGGGUCAUGGGGAUGCCAGACAGCAGCACUCUGGGGGUCCUGUCGGGGAAGAAGCAGCUGAAAUGCCUGAACAACAGUGAGCUGAUCAACGUGCAGAACAACACCUGCAACUCCGUCGAGAACAUCAUCAGUGAACAGCCGCCAGCGUUACGACGGGGACGGAAGAGACGCUGCAAAACAAAGCACUUGGAGCACAACGGCUCUGUCAAAAGACUGAGGCACACAGCAGGGGAGCCGGGCUUGGAGGAGCGCCUGGUGCGGGAGGUGGAGCAGAAGCUGCAGCAGGAGGAGGAGGACAGGAGGUUGGCCCUGCACCUGCAGCGCAUCUUCGACAGCGAGAACAGGACAGUGGAUAGGCGGAAAGUCAGGGUGGAUCGGUACCUGCUGCGGUCGAAGAGCACCCUGGGUGCCAAGUAGCACUGGUGGACGAUGUUGCCUUUCUAGAGGACGAUGAGGUUUAUCAAAUUAUCUUAUAGGAAAGCUAUUUUUUGUCAUACUUCCACCCACGCUGUCGUUUUUCAUUUCAGUGAUAAGACAUUCGAGGUCCAGUUCAGAGAGAAGCCAGAGUCCUUCCAGAUUUAUAAAAAAGAGGAAAAGUUCCUCCAGCCUGGCUGGUCCAUUGGUCUGAGAGAGGUCUGGCAUCCUGUGAAUGCACUGCAGUGCAGCUGGUGGUUGUCCUGGCUGGAAGGCUUGGUUGCACAGGCAGCCUGGGUCCUGGGCAUCCUACUCCAUGCUGGAGUUCCUUCCAGCCUCAGCUGUUCCAUGGCGGACCUCAUCCAUUCAUUGCCAUGUCCAUAUUCCACAAGAAAUCGGAGCUCUGCUUGCAGAGGAAACCAGGCUGGUCCCAUCCUGGGAUUUGCAGAAGGGAUCAGGGGAUCCACCUGCAGUGCUGACCAAUGAAUGUAUCUCGCUGGCUGCACCAGCAGUGCAGAUCAGAGGUUGUCUUCUACAAGUAGAAGGCAAAAUGCAGUGAAAAAAAGUUGUAAAAUCAGGUUUUUAUAGAAAAGCAUUAUAGGAACUUGUACGUUCAUGUUAAUGGUGGGGCAGAGAGCAUCUGGAGCCGUCCUCCAGGCACUGCAACCCAAGGAACAAUGCAGCUUUUCUCCCAGGGUUUCACCUCUCUUCUAAAUGUUGAAGCCCAGAAAAGGAAAUGCUGCUCUGAUGAUGGGAAGAAGGGGGCAGGCACUGUGGGCUCUGGGUAGGUGCAGUGCAGGAAGCGUAGCUGGCCUCUCCCAGCACGCAGUGAGUGCAGCAGGGAUGGAAUGGAAGCCCAGUACUCCUGCCGUGGAGUGCAGGAGGUACAAGCCAUCCUCCCCACUGCUUAAACCACUACCAGCUCAGGUGAGCAGUGCACUACACAAACCUUCAAGGUAGAAGGUUGGGCACAGGGCUGCCAUUGGCUGGGGUGCUGUUGGGCUUGGUGGGGUAGAGUUGUGCCUUUGGUGACAGUCACACUCGGGGCUUUUCUACCUUUUCCCUCUCUUCCCCAUCAUCCAAAGUGAUUCUUGGGUUCUUGUGAGGAACUGGGCUCAGGAAGAAUCAGCUUCAUCUACGGGUGCUGCUUUGCAGUGCGUUCGGGGGAACGUUGGUGCCAGGGGACGAGUUUUGCAGGAUGGACCUGAAGCAUGGGACAGCUUGCUGUGACCAAUCCCAGAGAAUUGUCGUUGCCCAUAUUCCUCCUAUCUAAAAAAUGGCUGAAUGUCUUCCUCUUUAAAAACAAAAAGAAAAAAAGGAACUGAUUUUAUUUUUCUCUUCCACGUCCUUGUGUGACUGCAAGGACCCUGGCGCUUUUUCCUAAUGGAACUGGAUUUUUUUUUUUUU